CGAGGAAGGGGAAAGGCCCCAAGAUGGCGGCGGUAGCGGCGGCUGAGCGGCUCCUGACGGAGGGGGAAGGAGGCGCCAUGGACUCCGCACGGCUCUCGCCUCCGCCUCUGCCCCAGCCCCGUGGGGAAGCGCAAGCCCUGGAGCAGCUCCCGCAGAGCAACACCCUGGUGGGGCUGCCCAUCGUGGCCAUCGAGAGCAUCCUCGGCUUCCUGUCCUACGACGAGACGAGCCAGCUCCGCCUGGUUUGUAAGCGAAUGGACUUGGUCUGCCAGAGAAUGCUGAAUCAGGGAUUUCUCAAAGUGGAAAGAUACCAUAACUUGUGCCAGAAACAGGUUAAAGCACAGCUUCCAAGACGGGAAUCAGAAAGGAGAAAUCACUCACUAGCUCGCCACGCAGAUAUUCUUGCUGCUGUAGAAACAAGGCUGUCGCUGCUAAAUAUGACGUUUAUGAAGUAUGUGGAUUCUAACCUCUGCUGCUUCAUUCCGGGAAAGGUAAUUGAUGAAAUUUAUCGUGUGUUAAGGUAUGUAAACUCUACCAAAGCUCCUCAGAGAGCCCAUGAAGUCCUUCAGGAGUUAAGGGACAUUUCUUCUAUGGCAAUGGAAUAUUUUGAUGAGAAGAUUGUUCCAAUUCUAAAAAGAAAAUUGCCAGGGUCGGAUGUAUCAGGACGUCUUAUAGCAGCAGCUCCAGUUCCAGGUCCUUCAGCAGCCUUAACUACAAUGCAGCUCUUCUCCAAACAAAACCCGUCAAGGCAGGAGGUCACCAAGCUCCAGCAGCAAAUCAGAACCAACGGCGCAGGCGUGACCGUGCUGAGGCGCGAAAUUUCAGAGCUUCGCACCAAAGUGCAAGAGCAGCAGAAGCAGCUCCAAGACCAAGAUCAGAAACUGCUUGAGCAAACCCAGAUCAUAGGGGAGCAGAAUGCCCGACUGGCUGAGCUCGAACGCAAACUGCGAGAGGUGAUGGAAAGCGCAGUAGGAGAUUCCUCGGGAUCCGCUCCGAGCGAGGAGGCUCCUAGGAAACGGAAGAAGGCUGCCGAAUCAAUAGGUUCGCUUAGGAAGUCGAAACGUCUUCGAAAUAAUAAAUAACUUUUGGAUAAAUGGCACCUCCAGGGGAACGCACUGCUUUAGUAGCCCAAGCAGGUUGUCUGGUCUGGAUGCUGCGAUGCACAGCAUGGUGUCAUUUAGGCUGCUGGUUCUUCAGAACACCAUAGACUUGAACAACAACUUUCCCGUUGCUAAGACGUUACUCCCCAACCCAGCCCCAACCUGCUUCUGUUUGAGUGGGCUUGCUGCACAGGAUCAUUAUAAUUUGCCAUAGAUUUGUACUAACCAGACCUGCUCUAUCAUGUUCUGAAAGUUAAUUUUCAUUUUCUGUGCAGAUAACUAUUAAAGUGAAACUUACGUUUAUGCAUCUGUUCCCAUUAAAUGAGCAUCUUAAAUAAAUCCAGGUUUAAUUGACUAGAAAAUUAAAAAUGGAUAAACAGCAGGUGUCCUGUUCACUUGAAAGACCCACUUUUUUAAAAAAUCUUGCAUUCAGAAAAAAAAGGUUGAUCUUUUUGUUGCAAGUGACCUUGUUUAGAAUGUCUGAAAAGUAGUUUAUACAUCUGAGAGUCUGCAUAACGAGUAAAUAUGACUUCUUAAGCUUACAGUAUUGGCUAUAUAUAUUUUUGUAAAUUUAACAAGCAAGGGACUUCAGUCUGUUCUUCACAAAUGCAUACCCUACUUCUAAGCACCUGGAGCCAUAUUUUUAUCUUGCAUGGAGAGAUGCAUGCAUUGCUUAGUCAGCUUGGUAAAGCAUUUGCCUGGAGUUGCUGUUAAAUCGUUGGCCUCUCCCACCUUUUUGUAGAGCAGUUUCUUGGUCCCUUAGCCAUGACUCUGCAUAUGCUUUCAGCACCGCUGUUUCUUUUCUUAUGAGGCUGUUUUGUCUCACUUUUGCAGGAGAGUAUAUAAGCCAAGUUGUAUUGCUGCUUCUGCUUGCCUGUAGAUAGCACAGGUAUUCUUAGCUAAAGCAGAACUUCAGAGGUUGGUUCCUUUUGCCUGUAGGUUUCUGAUUAUACACUACUGAUGCCAACUCAGAGGUUAAAAGUCUAUUAAGUGUUGGACGAAAAGUUAUUUGUUCUUGCAAUACACAGGCUUGAUAAGGCAUGGUUCAAGUUUUAAAAAUUUGUGUUGAGAAAAAGACCUUACUGUUAUGUGGAAAGAACUCUCUGUAAUACUGUGUUCUAGCUUACCUUAUCCUAAUAAGUAAAUUGACUUCAGACAAAAAAAAAGCUUUAAUUUCUUUUGCACUCCUUCUGUUUAGAAGUUGUAACUGGAAAAGCAUGUCUUGCACUGUACAGUCUCUGGAUUUGUCACUUUAACAGCCUCCAAGUUGUAAUGUACAGUGAUUUCCCCCCAGUUGUAUUUCUUUUAACCUUCAACAAAGAUUGCUGUCCAUGGUUUAAUUUGGUGUUACUAAAUGAUGUAGCUCUGUUGCUCGACUGUUACAUUUUUCUCUUAAUCUGCUGUUGCUAACUGGGCUUUUUGAUAAGAUUAAAUUGGGAACAGAAAAUUGUAUUUGAGUGGUAGCUCAAAAGACCACUCUUGAAAGACAUUUUGCUGAAGUACCUUUGUUUAAAAUGGAAGCUUAAUUAUUGUUUUCUCUUGUCAGUCACAGAUAAACAUAAAGUUUUCCUAAAGACUGUUCUGGGCUGUUAAAAGUCCAUGAAUUCAUAAUUUGGAAUAGGUUUUCCCUAAAACAAAACAUUGCAAAUUGAUGUCAAGAGUUUGAAGUGUUUAAUUUUUUUAAAUUAUAUUCUUGUUUUGCUAUCUUAAGACCUUUUUACUGUGUGUGUUUUUUUUAUUUUAAAUGGGAGCAGGCUAUUGUAUCUUAGCAGUGGGCAAACACUGAAUUGUCUCAAGGAUAAUAUAACAGUUUUGAAACAGUCA